CUCAGCUUUUUUGAAAUACGGAAAUCCCUUAUUGAAAUGCCGGUUUAAGAAAAGUAAGCAAGAGAUUUAAAACGAUAAUUAUCGAUUAAUAAGUGCUUUCUCCUCACUCAGUAUCAUCUUUAUCAAAUAUUUCGAAUAGAUAAAAAAUACAUAGGCGACAAGUGUUCGGUUGGCGGCAAGCUGUUAUUGGAGAAUAGAAGUUCGGUACCCCGGCAACAAGCGGGCCGGCGCAGCUCACUCCACGGCCUCAGUACACAUUUCGCCGCCCGCGUGCGAACACUUUUCCCAAACCCAGUUCCCGCCCGCACUUUGGCCGGCACGUACGAAACGAGUGUUUUAAAUCCAACGUGAUAUAAAAAAAAACCUUAUAAACAUAUUGUGUGGUCGUUUGUGACAAUAAUUGCGGAAAUGUAAUUUGAUGUUACGUUCUAUUGUUAAAUGGGUAACAUAAUCACCGUGAAAGAUGACCGGAGUCAUUAAAUAUUCAUGAUUUCUCGUCAGUACUAGAGAUCUGGCAACGUUACUUGUCUACAUCAACAGCUCUCAAAAUGAUGGAAACAGACAAGAUGUCGACGGCGUCGUCCGUCGGGACCGCUGAACGCCGCCCCCUCCUCCAGGCUCUGGUCAUUGAGAGGCGGAUCCUCUUCGGCUGCACGUGUUUCGUGGGCCUCUGCACUUUCCUCUGGAUCGCUGCCGUUUGCACCGAGAAAUGGGUGCAUAUUGAAGGUGGAAGUGGUAUUUACCUGCACACUGGCCGGUACUUCAUGUGGAGCGAUACUGGGGUGUGGGAGAUGUGCCGGUACGUGUUCCAACCAAACAAGACCAUGACCAUUAAGGAUGCUCCUCAGAACACGACGGGAUUGACUGGACAGAUUGUCACAAGAUGUACAAAUUACUUAGCCCAGCCGCCUAUGGACAACGGGCGCCCAAUAGACCCAGCUUACGAUGUAAAUAUAGCGAACUACGUGCGAACCAUGAUAUCAUUCGGUAUCAUCAGCCUGUUUGUGAUGGCGAUGGGGUGUGGGUUCUCGGCGUACACCUUCCACAACCCUCGGUACAUGUUCAAGCGUCUCGCCGCAGGCAUACACUUUAUUAGCACUUCGUGCACAUUUGUAGUGGUGCAAGUAAUGAUGUCUUCGGUGGAUCAUAUGAAAAAAAAUGUACGAUUCAUCUAUCCUGAACGUGCCUAUCAUUAUUAUAACAUCAGUUUCUUCCUAGCCUGGUUCGUAGUACUUGUCAACCUCUUUGCCGCAGCCUCCUUCCUCUGGUACUCACGUAAGAGGAAAGGUGACAAAGCGGCGACGGACGAGCUGGCGAUGGCCGACGAACCCACAAUCAUCGGCCGAUGACGCUUCCACCUCCACACUGUCACACGGCAUCUCCAGUCGUGGGAAAGCUUCCUCAAAUCUAUACUGAACAGUGCUCAAAUGACCAAUAGCUGUAACUAUGUUCAAGUCUUCCAUGUAAUGUAUUCUACGAAAAUAAGACUUAGUGAUGCGGCCCAAAUGACGUUUUGUCAUUCGAUAUUGUUUGCGUAGUUGCGAUCUAUCGUGUCGGGUUCAGUUAAAAUUUUAUUUCGGUAGAAGAAACUGUUGAGCAAAUGUUAAGCUCCCAAUUUGAAAACUUUAAAACCAUCUUCAGUUUCAAUACAAAGUGAGAUAAAUCGUCAACGUGAUCGAGUUGGGUUUGAAAUGUCAUUGAUAUUGGACGGAGUCAGCUCUUUCACUCGAUUGGUUUCGAGCACGAUCGCAUUCGUAGCCAAAGAAAUCGCAUUCGAUCAAACGCUGCAACGAACUUAUCCAAAUAACUCAAGCGGAAACUUCGCUAGAGUCGCAUCACUAACAUAAUUACGCAUCGUCAGUUUCAGCUUUUAGACAAUUCUUGACUGAUUCUGUUACCUUGAAUGUAAUUACUCCCUGAAUGUAAAUCGUGACGUUUAUAUCAUAACGCCUUGUUAAUCUUAUAAGCGACGGAAAAAAUAAUCUUUAUUGCGACAUUUUUUAUUACCGGCUUGCAAUAUUUUUAUGUGAAACAUGUAUUUAAACUGUAUGUAUACGCCUCAGACUUAUAGGAUUAACGAAGUUUACGUGCAUCAGUGUUUUAAAUAGCGGUUUUUUUAUUAUAAAAAUCUGCGUAAUCUUUUGUGUUAUUGUGUAAAUAUUUUGUACUGUUACUAUGCUGCCAUGAGACUACGUGUAACUUGAUUCUAGUCAUACUUAUAUUUAUAAUGCAUAUUAUUUGUAAGAAGACUUCCGUAAAUUGUUUUCUGAGUAGAGUUUGAUAUUGAUUACACAAAAUCAAAAAAAUAACAUUAAAAAUAGUUUGUUUUAGAGGAAUUCGUUGUCCAUAUAAGAUCAGAUCAAGUCGGGACCAACGAGACAUAAAAUGUAUUAUAGUCUAAACAUCGGGGACUUAUUUUUAGAAGUUGUGGGGCGAGGAACGCAGGAAACGGUAUCUCAGGAACGAAGAGUGUGAGUUAAAACAGUUACGGAAUGCAUUCUGAAGAGUGGUAUUGUUUAUUCCAUUGUACUUGCAUUAUCGUGUGUUAUGUAUGUUAUGUACGUUCUUCUUGUAUAAUUCUUUUUUAUUGAAUAAAAUCUUUAAACUAAA